UGGAAGGUUUGGGAAGCAGGUUCUUACUCGAAAGAGUCGUUGCGUCUUGCAUUUUAGACCAAAUUACCCGUCACCUCGCCAUCAGAACACGAUAAGCGUGAAACAUUCUGGGUGGUGAGGCUAGCAGUGUCGGAAGGGCGUCAUCGCGCCUUCGACCGGAUUUCUCCUGCAGAUGGCUGGCCUGAAGCUGCGACGAUCGAGAUUGAGACUGCGGGUGCGUGGAGAGGUACAUGUCCUGAACGAUGGCGGAGAGGUGAACUUAGACCUUGGUAAUUCGGCUGUCAACUUUGCCAUUCGUACUGCUGCUAUCACUCGACGUUGGCACGCCAAGUUGGCGUUCGUUAUUGAAAGACAGGCAUGGCUCUCAUCUUGAGAAGACCGUUCAAACUGUUCAUCAUCUUGGGGGAACCGUCGGUGAGAUCGAAUCUGGCUCAUUUGUUGAGGCCAUGCGGCGGUUCCAAUCGCGCGUCAGCCACGAGGACUUGACUGACCUUCGCACCCGGGGCAUGUCCCGCCAAGUUGCUUGGAGCAUGCGGUCAUGCUUGCUAGAGCGUCCUAAAUGACCCUGACCGCGCCUGCGCGCCAUGAGAUUGUUGCCGCUUUCGGAGACCUCACCUCUGUGCCCGCGCUUCCUACACUCCAGGACCACAUGCUGGCGAGCUCGGAGGGGCGCCGAUUCAUCAAGGAGGCCUCACAUCAACACGAAAACCGUCGGCAUAAAAUAGCUCGCAACCCUCCCCAGAGCGCGUUCGGGCGCACUUAAAUCACUUGGCCAGAGCGAUGCAUCGCCACACCUGACACCCGCGAAUCAAGACAUUACGUGAACGAUGCCGAGCUCGCGUAUGUGACGCAACGCUAUCGCGAUUCCCACGACUUCCACGACUUCCACUGCUGCCUUGUCAAACCUCCC